AUGAAAGCCAUGGAGUGUGGAGAGGCAGCAAGCACAGGGGCUGGUUUGGGCCAGGACAGCUCAGUGACCCCAGCCCUCACGGGCAACCCCCAGACCAGGCUGACUAUAGUGGUGGAAGUAGAGCGAGGGAGAGGAUCAGGCCCUGAGGAGACCUGUUGCCCCACACUCCUUCUGGAGGGGCCCAAGAGCAUCUGCCUGCUUCAGCCGGGCACUCUAGACGCUCAGGAACAAUGCAUCACCUUUGACAGAGUGCUGGGCUCUGAUGCUGCUCAGGAGGCUGAGCAGGAGCUGCUAGCACAAGUCCAGUCCACACUAGGCUUGGUGGCCCGAGGGUACAGUGUAGCCCUACUGCUUCGGGGUCGGGAAGCAGAGACACCCCGGCUCGUACCUCAGCUGUUGCAGAUGCUGUUUGAGGAAGCUCUGCCCCACGGGGACCCUGAUCCUGUGCUUAUUACCCUUAGCCUGGUGCAGCUCAGCCCCAGCGGGAGGACUCGGGACAUGCUCUCUCCAGGGACAGAGAACCUGUCAGUGCUAGAUGUGUCCCCCCUAGGCUUGGUGGUAGAAAAUGCCAGUGAAGUGGAGGUGUCUGACUCAAGAUCUGCCUUGGAGCUGUACUUACAGGCUGCAGGGGAUGAAGGCAGGGCCUGCUCUCUGCUCACUGUCACCAUGUCCUGCCCAGGGCCUGAUCCUUCUGAGGAGCCUGGGAUCCAGGGCAUGUGGCGAGGGGCCUUGAGGAUCCUGCAGCUCCCCAGAGCCCUGGAUUGCCCCCUGCUGCAGGUGUUGGCUGGUAAGGUUAUUGGUGAGCAGGUGGAGGGUUCUCUGCCCUGGAUUGUCUCACGGCUCCUGGAAGGAAACAACUACAGCGGACUUCUUCUUCGCCUGGACCCUCAAGGUGGCUCCCUGAGCUUGCUCUGGGCUGCUCUGUUGGGGGCCGAGAGAAGGAGGAUGCAGGUGAAACAGGUGAGGCCCACCCUGUGGGAUGCUGUAGCGGAGGCCCAGGCCCGCCGGGCUGGCCUGAAGAGCCUGCGUUCAGGCCUCCUUGGAGACAGCCUGACAGACAGUGGGCUCAGCCAGUUGGGCAGGGCAUUGCGAGAAUUGCAGGUGGUAAAAGCCUGGAGCCGGCACCCAGGACACCGGAUGCUCGAAAGGGUAAAAGCUGAGGCCGUGGGGCUUCCAGAACUACAGCAGGUGACAGAUUCAACAGCAAGCCACAGCCCAGGCUUCCAGGGAGAGCCCAAAGUGGUAGGAAAAACAGCAUCUCUAGGAACUGGGCUCCACCAAAAUCAUCCUCUUAGGGACUCUGAGGAACAGCCCUGGCAGGUCCCAGAUGUGGCCCUGCAGUUCUUCUUGGCCCAGGCACAGAGGAAGAGACUGCACGAACAGCACCAAAUAUGGAUCCAAGAGGAACUGAAGCAUUUGGAACAGGAGGAGGAGGUGGCAGGUGACCAGGUCAAAGGCCUGGGGGCUGGAGAGGAGGCCUCCAAGAAGAGGCAGAGAUGGCCCCGGGAGCAGACGGUGCUGAGACUCCAGCUGGAGGCCCUUCAGGCAGAGCAGAAUACUGCAGAGCGGGACCUCGCAGCCCUCUAUGACCUGCACGUGCGGGCUGCCCGAGCUCAGACACGCCAUAUGCUGCAGGUAUUCCGAGCCUGGCGAAGGCUGUGGGAGGAGCAGGCCAUGACCACGGAGCAUCACCACCGAAGCCUGCUGGCUGGUGUCCUGCAAGACAACAUCAACCUGGCCACGCAGAACCAGGAGCUCCAAGCCCAGAACCAGCAGCUUCGGCAGGGAGUAGAGUAGACUGAGGCCAGUCAUUGCCGGAUUACUGCCCUGGGGAGAAAUCUGAUCAGUAAUCCUGCAAGGUCGGCUUCCUUUCUCUUCAUUAUUAAGGGGCCUAGAAGGGAGAGGGAGAUGGGACUCAAUAACCAGGCUAAACUUCGUUAUCGAUAAAUUAACACUACUACUAAACCAGG